AUGAGCUUGAUCGAGGGCGAUAAGUUUGUGAAUGCGGAGGGAGCAAUGUUCUUGCAGCGUGCCGCUCCGCCAGAAUUCGACUGUGCUUUAGAUGCUUCGGGUCAGAUCAUGGAGAUUCGUGCAUUGCCUGGUGCCAUCUUGGCCCAAGUCACAGACCAACCUCCGCAGGCAACGGCACGAAGCUCACAGAAGCUCCGAGAUCAGAGCACAACGGAAGGCAGGGUCCGGGGGCGGACGGAGGCUCACCCAGAGCUCUCCGAGCAGCUGGACAAAAUGCAGAAAUUCGUAAACAGCAAGCUGUAUCACCAACUCACCCAGACUCUCCUGGAGUACCUUGUAAGUCCUCCGUUCGCUGCUGCCACGCCGGCGGUAGCGGCAGAGCUGAAGGACUUUUUUGAGGGCUUCAUAAAGGCUUUUGAGGUGAGAUUCGACAAAGUGCGAUGGGUUCAGAUUCUCUCAAUCGUGGCAAAGCCACAGACGCCGGCGGUGGCAUUGGAGCUGAUCGCGCCUUUCGAGGCCACCAUGGCCGAGAAUCGCGAUGCCAAGUUCCUUUGUCAGGCUCUCAAGGGCGAAAAGCUCAUCCUGUCGGCGGACACGGAGUCGGCCAAGGAACUCUUGGAAAAUUUGGGGGUGGAGAUAGACAAUGCCUACGAGGUGCAAGCGCUCAUCCAGUCCCAUUUCCACAAAACCAAUGCCUUGCUCUGGAAAACCCUGGGGCGCUCGCAGGAGUUUUACAAGAGCUCCAUUCUGUACUUGGCCUUCACGCCUCUGGAAGCGAUUCCUAUGGAGGAGAGGCCACAGAUCGCUUUCGAUACAGUGAUAGCAGCGCUGGUCGCCGAGGAGGAAUUCAACUUUGGUGAACUCACGCAGCAAGCGAUCAUUCAGUCUCUCGAUGGCUCGCCCUUUGCAUGGGUCAGAGACCUCCUGCAGGCGUUCAGUGAGGGCAAGUUUGACUUGUUCGAUGCGGCCAUCGCCAAGAACAGAGCGCAGAUGGAGGCAAGCCCUGAGCUGAAGUCUGCGGAGGCCACGCUGAGGCGGAAGAUGUGCGCUUUGUCGCUCAUGGAACUGGCUUUCAGGAAGCCGAAGAAGCAGAGGCGCUUAAGCUUCUCCGAAAUCGCCCAGCACUGCCGAGUGCUUCGCCCGCAGACAUCUCCAGCUCACAGACUCCAGGGUCACUUCAGGUGCGCACAAUUGUUUGGGCUUCAGCAUGCUUUGGCGCUUGGGCCAUUUGUGGCUUGCUUCUGCGGCAGCCGGCAGCAAAGCUAG